GUAGUUCUCCGGCCGCACGUGAUCGUGUUCGUCUCUAGCAGCCGCGGAACUAGGAAGAGGCUGGUUUCUUUGUCAUCGUCCUCGCCCGCUAUGGCCGUUGUGGGCUCAGUCACUCUUCUGCUGCUGCCCGGCGUCUUGCUGGGCCUAUGUGCCGGGGAGAGGCUUCUGCCUGGUCGACAUUUGUUGCUGGAAAGUGGUUUGGAAGAAAUGGUUUUGAGAGGUCGACACCGCGGCUGGCCCUUGGAACUGGAGGACCUGUCUUCGCUUGAAUGGGGGUUCUUAGGGGUUCUGCUGGAGCCGCAGCUGGAUCCAGAGUGCAAGGAGCUCUUGAGUGCCUUCGCCAAUAGUAGCAUGAGAUUUACUGGCUGCUUGAUACGGAGCGCCCGGCCUGUGACGAUCUGCCAGAACUGCUAUCACCAAUUCCGGGAAGUCAUGCAGCAGUUGAAUAAUAUCGAGAAUACUACUCAAAGUAACCAUUGUGCCAAAAGCCUCUUGAGGUCAGACAGGCUACAGAUGGUUGCACUUCUGUCCGAGUUUUUUAAUGACACAUGGAUAAAAGCUAACUGUGCAAAUUGUUUAAAGAGCAACAAUGAAGGCUUAUCAGCUGGUACGGUGACAUUCCUGGCCUUAUACAAUGAUUCAGUGGCAUGCUUUAAACAGAACCUCCAGGAAGGCAAUCUGCUACCAGGUAACUACUCAGAGGUCUGCAAGAACUGCAAUGCAACAUAUAAAAACUUGAGUUCCCACUAUAGUGAGAUGCAGAGGAAUGGGCAGCUUGAGGAAUCUGGAGAGCAGUUCCAUUUGUGCAUUGAUGUGGAGGAUGCGAUAAACAUCACACAGAGGCUGUGGAGCACAACUUUCAAUUGUUCUGUCCCCUGCACAGAUACAGUGCCAGUAAUUGCAGUUUCUUUAUUCAUUUUCUUUCUACCACUUGUUUUCUAUCUGAGUACCUUCCUUCACUCGAAGCAGAAAAAACGUAUCCUGAUUCUGGGUAAACGAAUCCACUCAAAUGCCAGCUUUGUGAACAUCCAAGAUAAAUCCAACUGAGCCUUUGGAAUGCAAUGGGAUUAAUUUGAUAGCUCUGAAGACAAUUAUAAUUUAACCUUGCACUAUGUCGUAACAUGUUAAAUAAAAGACUGCAUGCCUCAGAUAGGUGGAUGCAGUAUUGUGCAACCAUAUAGAACUCAGUGAGAUGAUACGACCUCCAGAAAAGAAGCUGAAACUACAUUCCCUCCUUCAUCCUUAAUCUUUUGUCUCCCUGAUUGGUAAAAUUUUAAUUAGGCAGUCCUAAUUUUCAUACUUUGUAUAAUACUUUGGAUUAAUAAUAUUAACUUCCAUAUAUGAUGAGCGUACAUGAACGUGAACAUUCCAUCCUGAUUUUACAUGAAUGCUGAUUUUUUAAAAAGUUGUCCUUUUUGAAAAAUGAAAAAAAAAUGAAUGCGAUGGCUAACAUCAGCGGACAGAUCCUAGAUCUUAGUCUUUGGUCUAUAUUGCUACUUAAAAUACUGUUUGGCUCGUAGAAAUAACCUCUGCAUUUUACAGUACUGUAUUGCUGGCAACAGCAGAACUACUGGUUGGUGGAAUUAUAAUAGUUACAGACUUGGGCAGAAAUGUCAUGUCUUGGUAUUUCUAAUGUUAUAUGCUUGAAUAAGCCCUUAUCUGUGCUGGCUGGUUAAAAGCAAGACUAUAUUAACUGAAACACUGUUACUUAACUUGGUUAUUCCCCAUCCCUAAAACUAUUUUUUAUAAAGUGGCUUUAUAUUUAAGGGUACAUAGUAUAUUUAUUAGAAUUUACCAACAGUAUUUUCUUGUAUUUGUAUAUAUUGUCUUGGAAAAAUUACCUAAAACAAAACAAAACAAAACAAAAAAAGCUGAAUUGCUUGGGCUGUAAAUUGGGGUUAAGAUAAUGGACAGGAUUAACAUAUACAUUAUAGGGAAAAUUCUGAUUUAUUUAUUUAUUUUGGUAGAAUAAUUGCUUAGUAUUUAAAUCACACACAUAGAUUUGCCUAUCAUUUUAUUAACAGAUAAAAAUGCUUAGAAGACAAUCACAGACUUUUGGUGUCUGUGUCUGCAGUAGAACUUAGUGGUCUAGAGUAUAAUCUUGGGGUCUCCGGUAGAGUCCCCAGGGGCCAUAGAAAUACUGCACGUUUCUCCCUCUGCAGGUGGGGAAGCUGCUGGAAUGGUGCUCUCUUAAACAGAGGUGGAAUAGUCCUCGGCUGAAGUUACCUUGCCAGCUGUGCUCUGCAGUCAGCAAUAACAAAAAUGAAGGCAUUCCAGAGUAAAGUCAAGGGUGUCAUUGGGGAAGAAUUGGCUGGGUUCAUGCAUCAUAUUGAGCUAUGAUUCUUUAAAUAAUAGUUUGCUCAAGGAACCACAGGUGGCUUGGUUUAUACAACACAUUAAGCCAGGGUGAAGAUUCCAAUCCCUCGUUAUCCCAUUUGAGGGUUGUCUAAAAUUUUCGGAAUCUUUUUUUUUCAUUUUAGGAGGGAUUAAGGCCAUCUCUAUUAGGCCAAUGUUUCCAUUUGGGCUGAAUGAGCCUUCUCAUUCUUUGGUCUUGUUGUUGGAAUGAAUGAAGAGGCUCUGAAGCUAAUGUAUUUAUUAUCCUUCCCAUUAGACCUAAUGAAAGACAAGGUUAAAAGUAAAAAGAAACUUAAACGAGUGCUGAAAACAACAUAAGAAUGUUGGAUUAUGUAUUAUGCCUAGGGAUUAUACAGUACUGUAUAUCCAGACCCUUGUGUUUAGGGCUUUGCCUAAAGAUGAAAUUAUAAACCAGGACAAACAACUGGAUAUGUUUGCAUUUAACUUUACUACUGAAGACAAGCUGCGAGUAAAGUGCUUUGCUAUUCUUUGUGCUGCCACGUUAAUCAAUCAACUAUCCCAGUAGUAAACAGUGGCUGUUUCUCUUGGCUACAUGAAGAAAAGAGACACUAAACUCUGUCCUGAAUAAGGGAAUGUGGGCAAAGCGGAUUCAGCCUCCCCAAGUACUGGAUUGCAUCGUCCACAAUUCCUGUGCAAUAAGGCUAAUAGCUAUCUCAGCUGGGGAUUGUGGGCAAUAACAUCCUACAUUUCUGGAAGGGAGGUGGUUUAAAUUUCUUCCCAAGAGGGCAAAAGUUGUUGUAAGAUGCUGCUAGUUUGCAGAAUCUCUUUUUAUGUAGCUCGGUGGAAGCAGCAAUAGAUUACUGUUGGAAAAAUAAGUUGUUUAAUACCAACCAGCUAUUAAUGAAUGAACAAUGCAUGUGGGGGGAAUAUAUCCAUCUAUGAAACGUCGUCGUACAUAUAUUCAUCCUAAAACUAUGUUUUUUCCAUUCUGAAUCACAAUUGGCUCAUGACAUUUGUUCAGUGCAGACUUGGAAAAAGUUGGGGUGUUAAGCCAUUCUUAAUCAAAUGAACUGCUCUGAUUGAUGCUGAGUUGUUGGCUAUAUUUUAAUGAGAUCUGCACACACUUAUGACUGCAUAAUAGUAUUAGUGACAGGCUAAUUAUAUUUGAUCAGCAGGGCUAAGCUGAUUUGAAAUAAAAGUAUGCUGACUUCAACUGAGUUCUGGAUUUUGGCCAGAAUUAAAAUAAUCGAGCAGGUAAUUCUUGUAGAACAUGACCUGUAGGAUAAUAGAAAUAACAGCAUAUGUGGCUAAAAGAGAUUUGUAUGUCACCAAUACAGCGACCUGCAUACUAGCAUAUUACUUUUUUAUAUUUUAAGAUAGCUAUUUUUCUACUCAGGUUUCAAGACAUGUAGAGUUAGCCAAGUCCUGCCCUCUAAUAGCAUUACAUUGAUUUGAGGCAUCACAUGAUGGGGAACGGCUCAAAGCAAUCUUUUAUUUAUGCUGUGAAAGACUUUGUGCAUGGAAGGUACAGAAUGACAGCUUUGCUUAUAAGCAGUGGCUUUUUAAACACAUUUGCAUUAAAUAUGUCUGAAAGUCAUUACUCUCCAGGAUAGUGGUUAAACACUUUUCACGAAAGGUGGGUCGGAGCUGGUUUUAUGAUUUUCCUGGUUUUUAAGCCAAAUGGAAAGAACUUGUGUGAUUUUUACUGCUUUUCUGUGUAAAUGUAAAAUAAAAUGGAAGACCUAAGUUAUUUCUAAACUUCGAAGGUAGCUAUUUUAUGGUGCAAUGAUGUAUUUUCUACAUUGUUUAAAAUUGCCCAUGAUAUAUACAUGUCUUUUUAAUGGACUUUCCCUUAUCUUUGGUUUCAGCUUUAAACUUAAAUGUCCAUGUAAAACCUCUCCAAUAAGCAGCCAAAAAAAAAAAGAUAACAAGGGUAAUAAAAACAUGUUCUUUACAACU